AACAUUGUAAAGUUAUAAAUUAAUCAGAUAAUGGUAUAUUUUGUUUAAUGUCUUAAAUAUAUAUAUAAUUCAAAAACUUGCGAUGAUUUUCAGGUCACUUUUAGAAACUACCAAAGCUUAUAUUAUGAACUCAUUACGGAUGCCAGGAGCACAGACUCUUCUUUUGUUUAGUAGAAACAUUUGCACCAAUCGGAAUUUUUCUCAAAUCAUUUGCGACUCUUGGUUGCAAUUGGAGUUUCCCCUACCGGAAGCUGCUGAAAAUUUAAUACUCAAAGCUACAAAACUCCGUAAUACUUGGGAUAAUCUUUUGAAACUUAAGCUCGAAGAAAGGAGUAAUAGAAGAGCAGAACGUCAGCUGUCCAUAGACAUGGUACAGUUUAUGAACGCUGAAAUUGGUUACACAAUGAAGAGGCUUUUAGCCGCUGACCAAAAAGUCAUGUAUGUUGGACCGUCUGGCGAAGAAAUAACAUUCACGGGUCCUAAUCCUUUCUGCGGUGAAGACUGGCAGGUGUAUGAAGAUGAUAAAUAUGGUGGAAUAAGACUAGCGCCGUACUUGACAUAUGAUUGUUUAACGGGUCAAAGCCUAGUGGUGUACGAUCCGUGGAUUUGUCCCUUUUGCAAUAGCACAAUAGAAGUGACGAGUGCUCUUGAAAAACUGCAACAUCGGCAAGUGUGUGACUCUCAAACUACUUCCGGCACCGCUGAAAGUGAAGAAUGUGAAGACGUUAUGGCGAAAUUAAAACCGAACGCCAAACGUUACGACUGUCCUGACUGUCCGGGUGUAUUGUAUUUGACUCCUACUGAAAUGCUGAAACAUAAAAAAUCACACUUGUAAUUUGUAUUAUAUUAUUACUGUAAAUUUGAUACGAUUACGUCAAUAAAAAUAAUCGUUCUCCUAAUAAAAUUGUCCAUUAACCAUA